GGUUUGUGAGUUCAGCGGCCAGUGCUGAGAGAGUUCGUGAAUCAACAUACGUGCUCAAGUUCCUUGGCUUAGUUGCCAGCCGGGUCCGGCAGUUCCUCUGGUGCGAAGGCGCUGGCGGACGGCCUAGCGCGCCUGGCUGACCGCGCCCGCUUCCCUGGCGGCGCGCCGCCGGGGGUGCCAGAUGGGCAACUGCAGCACCGUGGACGGAGGCCCCUGUGAUGCGCAGGCGCCGAUGCCAAGCAGCCUGCUGUGGGUGAAGGUAAUUCGUGUCAACGGCAUCCGGACGCCUAACCGGCUGAACGGCGACACGAUGAUAAAAUGCGCAAACAAGGUGCUCGGGCGUGCCCACAGCAUCCGGAUGUACGCGAAGAUCUCGGUGGGCAAGCAGCAGAGCCGCACGGAGGAAGCCGAUGUAGCUGACCAUGGCGAUUUGGUUCUGAACCAGCCGCCGCUGCCGUUCACGCUGGACAGUAUCGUCGCGAAUGCGAAUUCGUCGACGAGAGGGCAACUGACGCCGCCGCAACGCAACAGGUCGUCGUCGGUCGUGGUGUCGUUGGCCUCGACGCUGCUGGACAGGAGGAUUCCAGAGAUGACCGUGAAGGUCUACCGGGUUCGGCGCAUGUGCCGCGACGCCUUCGUCGGGCAGGGGGUCCUGCCUAUCUCCUCCACGGAGCUCGCGGGCACAUCCAAGGAGCACACCAUCGAGUUGACCAACGGGUGCGGGACCGUGACCCUGAAGUGCAGCUUCAACUGCUCCCUGUCCGACCUCCGCGACCUGCAGAGCGUGCUGACGGCGCCAAAGAGGACGCGCUCGUCAGCGCAGUUCUCGAGGGCGCUGGCGCAGCUGCUGCAGGGGGAGGACGGGCUGCAGAUCCUGGAGAAAGCGAUGCCGACCGCGCUGGUAUGGAGGUGCAACGUGGGCAGCGACCGGGACCAGAUGGUCUGCACGCUGCAGGCCAUGCUGGUCUCGCUCUGCAACCACGUCACCAUGCUGUCCGAGCGCGAGAGCAACUCAGAGGUCCUGAAGCGCCUUGCCCCCCUCUCGCGCAACAUCCAGGAUUUUGUAGCCGAGCACGCCCCUCCAGGAGAGGACGUGAGCGCUUUGGCUACCGAGUGGCUGAGCGAUGUAUUUUCGUAUUGCGCGCGGAAGACGGGGCUGAAGGGCGCUAUGUCGCUGGACAUCCAAGAGUUCCUGGACUCGGGUGCGCGCUACCCCGGGAUUGACCACCUGGCUCCCGUCGACAGCUAUGGCAGGCCCUUCCAGGAGUGGGUCGAUGCGCCAGCAACCGUAAAGAGGGAGUUCCUGCCCAAGGGUGCCAUCCUUGGCCAGGGCAUGUUCGGCACUGUCUGGCGCGCCAUGGACCUGAGGACGAAACAGUGGUACGCCGUGAAGCGCAGCCACGCGCUGAGCCGCGAGGCGUUCAUCGGCCGGGAGCGGGAUGUGACCAACCACGUGAUGAUGAACCCGCACCCGUUCGUGGUGCAGGUCUUCGGCAACUACGUGGUGGAGGGCUCAGCCCGCCUCUCCUUCCUCGUGAUGGAGUUCUGCAGCAGGGGCGACCUGCAGAACCGGAUUAACGCCGCCCACAAGGGGCCCGGGUACAAGGUGCCCGUGAAGGUGUCGGCCUGGAUGGGCCAGAUUUUCCUGGGCCUGGAGCACCUGCACCUCGUGCUCGACAUGCUCGUGCGUGACCUGAAGCCCGCGAACGUGGUCUUCUCGGGCCACGACCACGCCAAGCUGACAGACUUCGGAAUGGGGCGCAUCGGCGGCACCUCCACCGGGGCCUUCACCCUGCAGAACUGCCCCCCUGGCAGCCCCGCCUACGCGGCGCCCGAGGUGGUGCUGCAGAGGCCUUACGACCACAGGGCCGACAUCUACUCCUUCGGCGUGCUGUGCUGGACGAUGCUGACGGGCGGGAUCAAGUGCGAGGGGCCGGACUGGUGCCCGCCCAGCCACAAGUUCUCGGCGCACAACUUCACCACCCUGGCCAGGAACCACAAGCUGCUCGAGAAGGCGAUCCGGAGCCCUGCCCAGGCCGGCGCCCAGCCGCUGCCCAGCGAGAGGGCGGCGGACCUGAUCUUGUCCACGACGCGGCCAGACCCCAACCACCGGCCGGGCCACGAUCGGCUGCGCGCCCACGCGCUCAUGUCCGCCUUGAGGCUACCGCCGCCGGAGGCGCGGUGGCACCAGGUGGACGAGUGGCUCCAGACGUUGUCCGACUGCGCCCCGCACAGCGGUAUGGCGCCCCGGACGGCGGGGUGACCUCGUCGGCGUGCAGAUGGGUGCAGCCGACGGCGUCGGCGUCGCAAGGCCUCGGCUCUUUGGGCGGCGGCCUCAUCCAGGCCGCGAUCGCCACCUGUCAUUCGCGCGGCGCCACUCCGGAUCGCGCCGCCAAUCUCCAGCGGUCUGUCUGUAACAAUCAACCGCUGCCGUGCGGCCACCGCCAGAUCACGCGCCGCGCUGCGCGGUGCUGCGCUGGAAUAUGCGCGCCGCCGACGAGUCUCCUCGGCGCGAGCCAAAAGCUUGAGCUUUUGUUUUGCCCAGUCUACGCAUCUGCCGAGUCAGCUGCACGCCAGCGUUUUUUUCCUCGCCCCCCCUCUCAUCCCUCGAGUGGGGGAUUGACUACAUAAUCGAUUUACCCCACAUUUUUUGUCGAGUCUACGAUACAGGUGCGUACAAUUUGCGUACAUCUACUAACAUUAUACGUAUUUGUUUGCGUAGCAUUUAAAUUUUUAGCCUCUCUGCACGAUGCGUCGAAGGCUCCAGCGUAGGCUCUGAACGUGAAUGACCACUGCUGCCAAGCCAAUCCACCUUCUGGCUUGCCCUCGCCCGUGGCGUCUCCCGAGG